AGUUCGGCAUACUCCGCCGGCGUAAACGGUCGGGCGGGCCAGUCUCAUUGGCUCUCGAACCGUGUAACUUGAAUAAGACAAGGAAUUAUGCGAUAUCUUAUAGUUUAAGAUGUAGCCGCAGUUCCGUCGGACUUUAUCAGUUAUUGCUUGGAAAAGUGUUACAAAUUACUUUGUGUAAUUGUCCGUGGAUCUUGAAACGAUGCGUCUUCCGAACAAUUCUAUAGACAUAUCUACAGACCCCAAGUUACAGCUGUUGGAUGCUUUGAUGAGAGACUGUUACACAGUGAACACAUCGCACAGUAAAAUAGACAACGAAAAUUCUAUUGACUCGUUUGAUGGAGUCUGGUGUCCGAGAACUUUCGACGGCUUUUCUUGUUGGGAUGAAACUCCUGCAGGCUUCACUACGUACCAGCCAUGCCCUGAAUUCGUCAUCGGCUUUGACUCGAAACGCUUCGCAUACAAAAGAUGCAUGGAGAACGGGACCUGGUUCCUUCAUCCCGAGGGAAACAAACCAUGGACCAAUUACACCACAUGCAUUGACAUUGAAGAUUUAAGCUUCAGGAGUGUUGUCAACAACAUUUACGUGAUAGGAUAUUCCGUCUCUGUGGCUGCACUUAUAUUGUCUAUUAUGAUUUUCCUUCACUUCAGGUCACUACAGUGUACGCGCAUAAGAAUCCACGUGCACCUAUUUCUAGCGUUUGCCCUCAACAACGUACUGUGGAUAGUGUGGUACAAAACCGUCGUUGAGAAAGUCAGUGUCGUUCAAAAUAAUGAGAUAUGGUGUCAAGUUCUCCAUGUCUUAACGAACUAUUUCAUGGUGACAAGUUACAUUUGGAUGUUUUGCGAAGGAUUACAUCUUCACAUUGCUCUUGUCGUCGUGUUUGUAAAGGAUGAAGUAGCAAUGAGAUGGUUCCUGGUGACUGGGUGGGGUUUGCCCUUGAUGAUCGUCGGCGUCUACACGAUAGCCCGCUUCUUCACCCCUGGAGCAACAGUUCGGUGCUGGAUGGAGCAGAGUGACACAUUCUGGAUUAUAAUUAUUCCUGUCCUGAUUUCAUUGUUUGCUUCAUUCGUAUUCCUCAUAAACGUUGUGCGUGUAUUACUGACGAAACUGCAUCCCGUUCCAAAUCAACAAGCAACUGCAGCUAUGAAGAAAGCUGCCCGAGCCACACUUAUUUUGAUUCCACUAUUUGGACUCCACUUCGUCUUAAUACCACUUGUACCAAAAACAAACACACCGGGGGAGUGGAUCUAUCAAGUCGUCUCAGCCUUACUCACAAGUUUGCAGGAUCAAACCACGGCAGGGAAAGGUGGAACGCAGAGCACGAAGCAAAUGCAUUGAAAUUGGGCCUAUGCGUGGCAGUGCUUUUCUGUUUCACUAACCACGACGUGAUAAUCGUACUAAAGGCGGCCACAUCACGACUAUUGAAAAGGAAUGACGGCAUCGUUAUGACCGGUAUAACGGCCGGCGAAAGUUUGAUGAAUACAAGAGAAAACGUCAUCUAAACGUACUUAGAAACAUUUAAUCUCAACUAUUUGAUAAAAGUUACUUUGACAGGAUCGUACCGGACAGGGCAGGGAAGGGCAGCCCUCGAAGCAUGAACGCCGCAUAUCACAUGACAUGUAAUAAAAUUUGUCGCGCAUAUUCGGUCGAUAAGACCACUAAGCCAGCUGCCUGUUGACGCUUAAAGUUGACAGUCCAGGAGCUCCGAUUUGCCUCUUCCUGACUCAGAACCCUGAUUUGCUAUUCUGGCCAAGAGACUGGAUAAGGUUUUGGGCCUCAUUCUUUCCAACUAAGUUUUAUACUUAUAAAGUACAAUUUUGUGUGUAAGUGUUUAGUCAUUAUGUAUUUUUGCUGUUUGAAUUAUGAAUAUGUACUCACUGUUUAUAAAACGGAAUACAUAUAUGUUGUCUUAUAUAAACACUUUUUGUUUUAAUCUAUUCUUCUUAAUUCUUGUAAUGUUUAUUAAGACCAUUUGUAUAGAAAUACUAUUGUUAUCGUUAAGUUAAAAUAUUAAUUUAAGUUAUCAUUUAAUGCUAAAGCGAUGUAUUGUAAAAUGUCUAUAAAGUUAUUAAUUCUUAAUAUAUCGUUUUAAGUCUCUCCGUUAGCUUUACUCAACUAAUAAUUUUAAGUGAUUAACUAAUAAGUACGAUCAAUGUUCGGGCGGGAAUUCGAAACACUUUCGAUGAUUCUACAUCUACCUACUUAUAUAUCUGAAUCCGUUUUUAAUGACUAAAUAAAUAAUAACUUAAACAAUACAUAACCAUUAAAUUUUAUUUAUAAGCUAUGUCAAAUAAACAGUAUGACAAAUGUUUCAUGCCCACCGAUGGUAUCGCUAUGAAUUUUAAUAAAUAUUUUUAUUGAUAAGUUUUGUAUUGUAAGUUUUUGCUUACCUCUAAAACGCUGCUUUCAUUAAUUCCUUGAUUACAAAUUAAAGUAUUUAUUAGAAUUUAAAAACAACCAACGUGAUAUUAUCAUUUUUAGAUACUAAAAUAUUUAUGUCAAUUAUAUCAAUACAAUAAAUAAUUUCUCCUUAUCAGCGAUAUCUUGCAAUCUUUGUGAAGAAGCAAUUAGAUGAAAUGUUAAGCAUUUUGUUAAGACUUUGUAACUUAAGAAUCUAAUACUUUAUCUAGAUAAACACAAAGUAUUUAACAGUAUCAUGUUCCGCCACAGACUGCGUAGCUCGCUUCAUAUAUACUACGUUUAUCUAUAAUAGUCGCUACAUACAUAGGAAUCAGAUACGUAUCGCGCUAAACAUGUCCAAAUUAUAAAUUGCCUACAUUUUUAACCGACUUCAAAAAAAGGAGGAGGUCCUAAAUUCGCCUGUACUUUUUUUCUGUUUGUUACCUCAUAACUUUUACGAGGGUGGACCGAUUUGAUGAUUCUCUCUUUAUUUGAAAGCUAGUGCUUCCCAUUUUAAUUUGGCCCAGAUCUGGCAAUGGCAUCUAUGAGAAAACCAUAUAAGUAUUAAAUUAGCAUUAAGUAUGCGUGAUGUUUGUUACCCCAAAACUCAAAAUAUCACGAAAAAAAUGGAACUGACUUCAAAUAAAAGAAAGUGAUAAAUAAUACCUAUCUUAAAAAUAGGUAUUAUUUUAACUAAAUAUAUAAGAAAUAUUUCACAUUCAUUGAAAUUUUUCAUUUGUUUAUUUUCUUCAUGAUAAAUCCAUUCAAAAUGUUUACUCAGUCUUGCCAUAUGUAUAAGUUAGCCUUCAUGAGAUUUUUUUAUUUUUUUAGAUAUUUGUUUGCUGGUGUUGAAUCAUGUAUUUAAUAAUAUGAUAAAUCAGCCAAGGGCGAUUCUCACGCACGAACAAUUCCGCACCACUCGCUGUAAAAAUAAUUCAAAUCAUGUGUGUACCUCUAAAAUAGAAGCUCAUUCAUUUUAUUCCAUUUUUAAUUUAUUACUAUCGCGCCAACAGAAUUACAUCAUCUGUGAUAAUAUCAACAGCCUAGCUGACACGGUUCACGAGAUACAGCCUGAUAACAGACACAAGGACUGCGAAGUCUUAGUAAUAGAGUUCCGCAAUUACUCAAAGAGUACGAAAUUCUAAGUGAUUUGCUCCAGGUUCUACUACAUAUAUUUUUGUAUUCUGCUUUUGAAUAUUGUUAACGCUUGUCCUCUCUUAAAUCAGUGUUAGAAUAUCUUUGAUAAGGAAGUAUUUAUAAAUUAAUAUUUUUGUUAUUGCAAGAUUAUGUAAGUUAAUUAGUCUUUAAGUCUUUAGAAAAAUGUUAUAAGGAAUGUCUUAAAACAUUAUGUAUAAUUGUCUACCGGAUGAAGGGUAAAUAAAGUAUUACAUACGUUCCUCAAAAGGUUUGGAAGUUUCAUUUUA